AGAAGCCUUGAGAGAGAGAGAACCUAGUCGUCGCUGAAUGGGUAAACCUUCGCCUCCACGACUGCGGUAGGAAGUUCGACGCGUCGGGACGGAAAGGACGAGGGUCGAGCCUUUCCGAACGUGGCGAAGAAACUAUUACAUUUGGACAGCGUGCGCCUACCGUGGUCUGAUUUGAACGGUGCUUGCAGGCGACGCGAAGGAGGGGAAGCCAGAGAAGCGAAGGGAGGAGGGAAGGGAAGAGAAGCGCAGCGCAGCGCAGCGACGAAGGCACGAGAGGACGAGGGAGGUGCUGGUGACUUGGAGCUAUCGACCGGGCUCGAUUUCUGCGGGGCCGAGGUGCUGCGCGAGUCGACUCGACCGCAGGGGAGCAGAAGGGAAGGGAAGGGAAGGGAAGGGAAGCUUUGGGUUUUGGUUGUGCGGAACGAAAGUAAAUUUUGGGCCUGCGGAUUGUAGGCCUCAGGCAUACAGAGGGUAGCAAGCCGCGCGUUGGGGAUUGUGGAAAGGUGAUUUCAGUGUUGCUGGUACUGGAAGCGGGUACAGCACUUUCUCGGGGCACUCUAGGUUGCGUGUUGGAAUUUGACCCAGUAGGUGGGCUCGCCGCUUGGAGUGAAGGGCGGGAGAGCAGGAAUUAGUGUGUGAGAGGUCCCCUUGCCGUUUUGCCAUAGCGGAGAUCGGUUGAUGAGCUCGAUGUUCGGGGGCGGGUUCAAGGCGACAAAAUGCAAAACUCUCUUGAGGCUUGCUAUGUCCCGCAUCAAGCUUUUGAGGAACAAAAGGGAUAUAUCGGUUAAACAGAUGCGUAAAGACAUCGCGCAGCUUCUGCAAACAGGACAGGAGCCAAGUGCACGCAUUCGUGUAGAGCACAUUGCAAGAGAGCAAAACAUCAUGGCAGCAUAUGACAUUCUGGAACUGUUUUGUGAGCUGAUUAUUGUUCGGCUUCCCAUUAUCGAAGCACAGAAAGUAUGCCCCGCGGACCUGAAAGAAGCAAUUUCCAGCGUAAUAUUUGCCUCCCCAAGAUGUGCCGACCUUCCAGAGCUCCUUCAAAUCCGCACUCUAUUUACCACCAAGUAUGGCAAGGAGUUCGUAGCGGCUGCAGCAGAAUUACGUCCGGAAUGCGGGGUUAAUAGACGGAUCAUUGAGAAAUUGUCCGUCCGAGCACCCCCAGGCGAAGCCAAGCUGAAACUGCUGAAGGAGAUAGCUGCGGAGUACAAGGUUGACUGGGAUCCAGCUGACACUGAAGCAGAGCUGUUAAAACGGCCAGAAGAUCUGCUUGAUGGGCCGAAGCAGUUUUAUGGUGCCAGCUCAGCACCGCUGCCUGAUGCGCCGCUGGUUUCUAAUAGUGCUAGUGUAAAGGAUUCAAGUUCUUUUCCUCAAAGAGCUUCAAAUGCCCCUCCUCAGCCCCCUCAUCCACCUCCAUCAGCUCCCUCUCCUCCCUCUGCUCCUGGCCCGAUACAAAUGCUACCUCUUGAUCAGUCCUCGUCGGACGAAGAUCAUCCUCCUCAGACUGCUAGUUCCAUUCGUAAGCCGCAGUUUCUUCCUUUCACCGCUCCUCCUCCUAGCAAGCGGGUGCCAGCUGAUUCACCUCCAAAAUCGAGUGUCAGUCGGCCAGCUACGACCAACACGUCGAGUACGGAGGGAAAUUACGAAUCAAAAAAGUCAGUGUCUAAAGCAGAUUCAUACUCCCAGUCAAGGAAAGAGAGUCGUGGGGACCAUAGGAAACCUGUCAAUUACGAGAAUGUAGCUGCAGCAGCACAGGCAGCAGCCGAAUCUGCUAACCGAGCCGUGGCUGCAGCCCGAGCUGCAGCCCAGCUUGCAAAGAAAGAGGAAUCGUCACCGAGCCCACCUCGCUCAAGAAGGGCGAGUCUGCAACCAAAGUCAGAUUCGGACGAUGAAGACAGUGGAGGAGAGGCACCAUUUCUUCUCUACGAGAGACGGAGGAAUUCGUCAAAGAGUACGGGGGAACCCCUGAAACACGAAAGGAGGGAGAGUCUUCCGAAAAGAAGUGAUACAGAGAUCAGAAGUAGCGGUGCAUCCUUAAACAGGCAAAAUGUUGGGGAGGAGCAAGAGUUCUCUUUCAGAUUGACCACUCAGGAAGAUCCGAAGGCAAGCAUCUCGAAGAGAAGUAACUCAGAAGAUCGAGACGAAUCCUCACACUGGAGAAGCAUCUCUGAUGAGCGUCUAGAGGACUCAAACCGAAGGAGCAAGUCAGAUGACCGAAAAGGGAGAAUUCGUAGGAGUGACUCAGAUGAUCGACAAGAGGUUCUAUUCAGGAGGACGAGUUCAGGAGAUCGAGCUGAUGAGCAGCAGGAAAGUACUUCAUGGAAGAGAGGAGCUGAACGUCGAGCGGAGUACGAUGUCGAACCUCCGCAGAAGAUUGACCCCGAGAAGGAAUCAUUUUGGAAGACCCCCGAGACUCUGCGCUCGGGAUCAGACUCCAUAUCAAAGAAGAUCGACGCAGGCAUAUUUACUGGUCAGGCCGACGAGGACGACAUAGACUAUCAGAGGAAGUCAAGUAAUUCCAAAAUGAACGAGCAUGGCAGAUAUGGAGAUGCAUCGAAUAUCUUCAGCAGAACGGAUUCUGCAGAGUCCAAUUUAUUUAAACGGAGUGACUCUGCAGAGGUGGAUCUAAGGAGCUCUGACGAGUCCUUUUAUGACACCAAACCAGGAUUUGCAACACCAAAAUUCGAUGAUGAAGAAUAUUCUGCCUCGCACAGAAAUCUGAGAGUGUCUUCAAUACAUGACGAAGAUUCUUACAAGAGAAAUUCCAGUACCGCUAAAGUAUCGAGUCCCACGUUGAAGCCAUCAUUCAACGACUUCUGGAGAACAGAGUCGCUUUCGCAUAGGACUCCCGAGGAGGAUGAACUGUUCGUCAAAAAGUUCAGCUUUUCUGGUCGAGAGGACGUGAAACCACUGGAGAAAGCAAAGUCGGAUACCCUAUUUGAGACUGCUGCAGAAAAUAGUUUUGCAGCUUCGGCGGAAAGUAUUGACAGGGCUGGUAGUGAUCCCCUGUACACCAGAUCACUGAUUGGAGAUGAAACUCGCCCCCUGAAACAGGAACCCACCAUCCCCAGCAAGAGUAGGAGGACUCGGGGUAACUCGAUUCUGUUAAACAGAGACACUUCGGACGAUGUCAGCUCUCCUGUGAGAAGGUCAAGAACCUACUCCCAGGAUUCGCAAUCUCGUUCUCAAAACUCCAGCACCUUUGAUGAUGCGGCUUCACCUCCUGUGAAGCAUUCUGUGAGCUACAAGUCCACUCCUUCCGUCAACUCUUCAGCUUAUCACUCCCCAGAGACACAGCGGGAAUCUUCACCCCCUUCUAUUCUAACUGGUUCGGCCUCUGGGUCUGCAAACACUUCACCCGGUUCAGUUCACCCAAAACUGCCUGAUAUCGAUGAUCUCACCGCCAGGUUUGAAGCUUUGAAGGCAGCCAAGCGUUGAUUGUACCGAGUUUUGAGAGUAUUUGAUCGGCCACACGUGGGGUACCUCAUAAUGCUCAAGUAGCAAAUAGGUCUCGAUGGAGACACAUAGGUAAAGCACCUGCGACCCAAAUUCGAUUGCAGAGUUCUUUUGAUUUCUUUUAACUGACCCCCAUAGCGAGCAAGUAAGUGUAGCUGUUCUGUAUUCAAGAGGGUUCGACAGAACCAUCUGGUGACUCCCUUCUUUUGUGUGGAGUAUUUCUGUUUGUACAAUGUAGAAAAGCUAAUGGCAUGAGUUCUGAAACGGUCACUAUUAUCUAUAGUGACUAUUGUGGAUAUAUGCUUGACGUGUAGGUCCAGCCAAGGUCUUUCCUCAGGUUGGACCUCUGAGUUGAUUAAAAAAUAUUGAUCGAGAUUGUAAAUUCGAGAUUCAAAAGUUACAGAUAUGGUUGCUCGAAUCUGCUGUAGGAACGUCGAAAAGGCUAGAUUCUCAAUGUGGUAGAAAUUCGUGUGGUGCGUAGCAGCUACGACGGGUUUAGUUCUUGAUCACGAGGUUGCAGCAGAUAUCUCAUCCUCGGGAUAAAGGCUUCUGUAUAUUCUUCUGAGGCCGAGCGUGCGUACUGCGAAGUCACAUCGUCUCCUAAACGCUCGGAAAUUUCCAUAGUCCCAUUUGCUUCAGCUGUGCUAUAUCUCUGGAUUUUCCCCGAGACAUGAAAGACUUCUGUCGACCCUGGCGCUCCGUUUUGUAUAUGCUCUGUACCUUGGCCUUACUUUUGUGCAAUCCAAGCCGACUGAAGCUCGAUCACCGUGCCUUAUGGCAGCUUUGGCAGAAGUAACUGCCAACGGUGGAAGAUUGCUAUCGCUUACGGAAGAGGUUUGCUCUCCGCACAGAACUCAAGAAAGGGAAGUAAUCAAUAGCUUGUUAGGAAAGUUUGUGGGACAUCUGAACACACGGAUCCUCCAGUUCUUUGCUGACAUCUUUCCGGCCGUUAUCAGGAUUUUGAAAACUGUGGCUCUCGUUCCGGAUUAAUCUUCUACUUGGCAGAACUCAGGCCUACAACAACAUAGAUGUCAUUUGAUCUCCCUACCUCCUCUGUUUACAACUGCUAGUUGUUGACUUAUUAGAGAUUGUAGUUGUAGGUGUAGGCCCAGAGGGGUGGCACUCAUUGUAAUGAACUCGAGUUCACCUCAUGCCAGAGACCACACGAGCAUAGGCUUGGCCGUUGAAUCCCCAACUGGAACUUCUGUCUUCUGGACUACUCUAAAUAAAUAAGACAACAGUGUCAGCUCUUUUCG